AUGUCCAAGAUUUUUACAAAUUUUUAUGCAAUAAUUCUGUUAUCGUUCUACGUAACGGAAGAUUUGCCAAUUCCGACGCCAAAAGGCAUAAAGAUUCCAACUUUACACGAAGACUGUGUUAUUCUUAGUCAACUAAUAUUUUCGAGUUUUGAUAUUUAUUACUCCGUGUUGGAAAAUGUCAUCAUUUCUUUGCCAAAGGAGAUUUCUGAUGAUUAUAAGAUAAAUAAUACUUUCCAACAAACUUGUACGUAUGAUGGAAUCGUGUUCAAUCCGAACUGUCAAAUUGAAGAUGUACCAAUAGUGACGACAAAACCACUAUAUUAG